CCAACGAAAGCUUUACUAGUUGCCUCACAAUACCCGAGAGAGAAUCAUGAACGAAGUGAACUCAUGUUAUUUGUUGGGUUUGGUUCUGCUCAGUAUUGUUUCCAUAGCCAUGUCCAACGAAACAGUUGUAGGAGGGAUCAAACAGCUGGAGGGCAAUGAGAGAAAAGAGGCUCUGGAGCUUCUCAAUGCCACCCUCGCCCAGUUGGCCACUGGAGAUGGGCCCAGCUAUAAAGUAAUUAAAGUGACCUCCGUGACGGGCCAGGUGGUGGCUGGAUCUCUUCAUGUGUACGAGGUGGAGCUGGAUAAUGGAUCGGACAAAAAACAGUGCACUGUAAAAAUCUGGAGUCAGCCAUGGCUAAAGGAGAAUGGAACUAAUAUUAGGAUCAAGUGCGCCGGUGAAGACGGCGAACUAAAUCGUACUUGGUAAAAAGGAACCCAUUCUUAUAGAAUAACUAUGAAAAUAUUUUAAAAUGUUAAGCAUGUAAUACUGCUUAAAGCAUAUUAUUAAAUAUAUAUUUGAUUCUAAUGUA